AUAUGGCUAAAUGUUUUUCAAAUUGUCACUGUCAAAAUAAAUGUCGACAUUCAGAAUAUUAAAUUAAUACCUUGACAUUAUUUAGCUGGUCGACUAUGAUAUCAUUCAAAACAUGUCGAUUUCUACACUGAAAGUCAAAGUUUGUGUUGUUAAGACGCAGAAAAGUUAAUAUAUUAAAUUCAGCUACGACACAUUCGAAAUGUAUUGUUUACAAUGGUUGAUUCCCGUGCUUUUAAUUCCGAAACCUAUAAACCCGGCGUUGGUGAAUACACACGUCAUGUUUAUGGUGUUAUAUCUAAUCGGGUUUUUCUUAGAGAGGAAGCCGUGUACAGUGUGCAGUGUUGUCUUCCUAGCUGCCAUCAUUCUGUUCUGUUAUAGUGGUAUCGGCAAUUGCCUGUUUUGGGCGAGCCAAUGUGAAGGUGAGAAGUAUGACACUUAGCGCUUCCCGUAAAGAGUAAGCUCCAACGUGCUCAAAGUGCAAACAAGUGUUCCUGUAACCGAAAAAAAUUGUGUGACAAUGUAAAAUCAAAUAUCCAUUGGAUUUUAAUCAUUGCCACUUCUUAAAAUCCAUAAAAAAAAUCGAUACGAAAUAUGAUAUUUUUGUAAAUAAAAUGAAUUUUAUUUACAAUUUGUGGUGUAUGAAUAAGGGAGCCUGAUACUGACAUGUACUUAUGUAUUUCAUUUGUUGUUUUUAUUAAUUAUGUGAUCGCAAUGAUUAUAUGGUUAUUGUUAGUGAUAUCUGUUAUCAUAUUGUGAAUAAAUAUGUCGAAAUUUU